CACGUGACCGCUCCCGGCAGCGCUGCAGACCCGACAGCCUAGGGGGAGGUUGGGGCGGAAGCGAGUUGCGGGCAUUAUGGCGGGGUCUCUCCAGGGCCAGGACUCUGGAAGCACAGCUGCAGUCACUGUGAUAAAGCGGGCGUUGGAACUAGAGUCCGAGUCCCGGUACCCGCAGGCUCUGGUGUGUUACCGGGAGGGAAUUGAUAUGCUCCUGCAGGUUCUGAAAGGCACCAAAGAUGUAACAAAGAAAUGUAAUCUCAGAAAAAGAAUUUCUGACUACAUGGAUAGAGCAGAAAACAUAAAGAAAUACUUGGAUCAAGAAAAAGAAGCUGGAAAAUAUCACAAGCAAAUUAAAAUAGAAGAGAACGCAACAGGUUUCAGUUAUGAGUCACUUUUUCAAGAAUACCUGAAUGAAACAGUUACGGAAGUUUGGAUAGAAGAUCCUUACAUUAGACACACUCAUCAGCUGUAUAACUUCCUUCGAUUUUGCGAGAUGCUGGUUAAGAGACCAUGUAAGAUAAAAACUAUUCAUCUCCUCACCUCUCUGGAUGAAGGCAGUGGGAAAGAACAGCAAAGUAGUGGCCUGGAAGAAAUAAGAGAGUCACUCAGGAAUCAUGGAGUGCAGUUGGAAUUAGAAUACUCUUCUGUGAUACACGACCGGGAAAUUAGGUUCAACAAUGGAUGGAUGAUUAAGAUCGGAAGGGGACUUGAUUAUUUUAAGAAACCACAGAGUCGUUUUUCCCUUGGAUAUUGUGAUUUUGAUUUAAGACCAUGCCAUGAAACAACAGUGGACAUUUUUCAUAAUAAGCACACACAAAAAAUAUGAUGGGUAGUAGCUUAAUUUACAUUAUAUGUUUCUAUUUUAAAUGAAUAUUGGAUUUUUCUUUUUUUUUUACUUUGGACAGAUCAUUCCUGUAACGUAAGAGUUUAACAAUAAACUUUUACAUUUCUACUAA